AUGAGAUCCCGGGAACCUAACUGGUUACCAUAGUAACUCUGCGCCCCAGCCUCUCCGGCUUGGCCACGGAGGAAGACGCAGCCAAUAAGAAGCUGUGGGCGGUUUGGGGGGACCCCCCCUAUGGCGUGGGCGGGGGUCAGGAGGUGCGGGGAAGAGGCGGAGCGUGGGCCACGGAGGCGCGGUGCUUGCAGCGGUGCUUGUGCCUCCGCCCCGCUAUGCAGGGACAUUUCCGGUGAGCACCCAAGAGCUGGUGCACGGUCCCCUCCCUCCUAGAAGAGGCGUCGCCAACGUGAAUCGAGCUCUCCACCGUGUGGCGUGUAGGAUUUUUUUGAGGGGGUCUCAAGCCGCCGGCUCUCGUGAUAUCUCUCGAAUGGUGUAUUGGAGGAAAAACAAACACUUUAGAAUCCCUCAAAACUGCUUAGAUGGGGGGUGGGGGAGUUGAGAGGCGCGUCGCAAGGGGGCUCUGUCCAGCUAUUUCCAAUGGAGGGCUCUAGGGUCCUUCUGGAGACCCGCAAGUUCGGGGAGGGUUCUUUGGUAGGACCUCUACCCCGUUUCAUUGUAGUAGCCUCCGCUGUAGCCCAAGAAGAUGGGACUCCGGGAGGGGGCGGACGGCCUCUGUAAACAUGCGCACCCUCGAGUGUCACUGCUUGGACAGUGUUUGAGUGUGGACGGUUUAUGAUGUGCAUACUGAUAACAUGUGUCUGAGAGAGACUUGGAAUUUUUUCUCCCCACUGAGUCCAAGUGAAUAAUGGUGUUCAGAAAUGCCUAAUAAAAACCACCCCCAUUCUGUUCUGAACUUAUCUACUUUCAUCUCACUUAAGAUUUCUAAACUCGCCCUCUCACGGCAUACUGUCGGUAGUGUUCCACCCCAAUCCCCUUUUAAAGAUAGGGUCUCGCGUAGUAGAGGGUGAUCUUGAACUCCUGGUCCUCUUGCUUCCAACUCCCGGGUGCUAGGAUGAUUACAAGAGUGCGCCACCACCCCUGGUUUCAGAGUUCCCCAUUUGAAGACAACAUUUUUUCCGAAUUGGCGCAAUAUAACCUAUAAAUAUGUACUCGGGAGCACUCAGCACGAACCCCAAGGUUUAUGGGACUCCCAGGUCCGAUAUCCGGGUCUCCAGGUGGGCACAUCUGGAAGCGCGCGAACCUGCAGGAUCUCCCCCAGCUCAGCUCCGCAUCUGCACGCCUCUCAGCCCAGGUGCGCGCCAGAGUCGCAGCCCAGCCGUACACAGUCCCCGCGCGGCCGCGAGGUGGCGCCAUGGCCGCGGCAGCGUCUGCCGGUUCGGGCCGCUCCAGAUAAGAGUGUGCGGAAAGCGCGGAGGGGCUGAGACGCGACCAGGACGCGGGGAGGACGGACCGGCCAGACAGACCGACCGGGGGCCCGGCGGGCGGAGGGCAGCGCACGGCAGCCGCGUCCCCCCCUGGAUCCGCCGGCAGCCGGGCCCGGGGCUUCCGACAUGCCCCCCAGGAGAGUGUGCUGGGCAGACGAUGCUGGACACGAUGGAGGCGCCUGGCCAUUCGAGGCAGCUACUGCUGCAGCUCAACAAUCAGCGCACCAAGGGCUUCUUGUGCGACGUGAUCAUCGUGGUGCAGAACGCCCUCUUCCGCGCGCACAAGAACGUGCUGGCAGCCAGCAGCGCCUACCUCAAGUCCCUGGUGGUGCACGACAACCUGCUAAACCUGGACCAUGACAUGGUGAGCCCGGCCGUGUUCCGCCUGGUGCUGGACUUCAUCUACACGGGCCGCCUGACCGACAGUGUUGAGGCCGCGGCGGCGGCGGCAGCGGUGGCCCCGGGCGCCGAGCCGAGUCUGGGCGCCGUGCUGGCUGCUGCCAGCUACCUGCAGAUCCCUGACCUCGUGGCCCUGUGCAAGAAGCGUCUCAAACGCCACGGCAAGUACUGCCACCUGCGGGGAGGCGGCAGCGGCGGCGGCGGCUACGCGCCCUACGGACGGCCCGGCCGGGGCUUGAGGGCUGCCACGCCCGUCAUCCAGGCUUGCUACUCGUCCCCGGCCGGGCCACCGCCGCCGCCCGCCGCCGAGCCGCCGUCGGGCCCCGAGGCAGCCGUCAACACCCACUGCGCCGAGCUGUACGCUUCGGGCCCGGGCCCGGCAGCCUCCCUCUGCGCCCCGGAGCGUCGCUGCUCCCCGCUUUGCGGCCUGGAUCUGUCCAAGAAGAGCCCGCCAGGUUCCUCGGUCCCCGAGCGACCGCUGAGUGAGCGCGAACUGCCUCCGCGCCCGGACAGCUCUCCCGGUGCGGGGCCCGCAGUCUACAAGGAGCCAGCGCUCGCCCUGCCGCCGCUGCCGCCUUUGCCCUUCCAAAAGCUGGAGGAGGCUGUACCGACUCCAGACCCGUUUCGAGGAAGCGUUGGCAGUCCGGGACCCGAGCCCCCCGGCCGCCCCGACGGCUCCAGCCUCCUCUACCGCUGGAUGAAGCACGAGCCAGGCCUGGGUAGUUAUGGCGAUGAACUAGUCCGGGAUCGAGGCUCCCCGGGCGAGCGCCUGGAGGAGCGCGGUGGGGAUCCUGCCGCCUCACCCGGGGGCCCCCCGCUCGGCCUGGUACCCCCGCCACGCUAUCCUGGGAGCCUGGACGGGCCAGGCACAGGAGCCGACGGCGACGACUAUAAGAGCAGCAGCGAGGAGACCGGUAGCAGCGAGGACCCCAGCCCGCCCGGCGGCCACCUGGAGGGCUACCCAUGCCCGCACUUGGCUUACGGUGAGCCUGAGAGCUUUGGUGACAACCUGUACGUGUGCAUCCCAUGUGGCAAAGGCUUUCCCAGCUCGGAACAGCUGAAUGCACACGUGGAGGCUCACGUAGAGGAAGAAGAGGCGUUGUAUGGCAGGGCAGAGGCUGCUGAGGUGGCUGCUGGGGCCGCCGGCCUUGGUCCCCCCUUUGGUGGCGGUGGGGACAAGGUCACUGGGGCUCCAGGUGGCCUAGGAGAGCUGCUGCGGCCAUACCGCUGCGCGUCCUGCGACAAGAGCUACAAGGACCCGGCUACGCUGAGGCAGCACGAGAAGACACACUGGCUGACAAGGCCCUAUCCGUGUACCAUCUGCGGGAAGAAGUUCACGCAACGCGGAACCAUGACACGCCAUAUGCGCAGCCACUUGGGCCUGAAGCCUUUUGCGUGCGACGCGUGCGGCAUGCGCUUCACCCGCCAGUAUCGCCUCACGGAGCACAUGCGCAUCCACUCUGGAGAGAAGCCCUACGAGUGCCAGGUGUGCGGUGGCAAGUUUGCUCAACAGCGCAACCUCAUCAGCCAUAUGAAGAUGCACGCUGUAGGUGGCGCGGCCGGCGCGGCCGGGGCGCUGGCUGGCCUGGGAGGACUACCUGGCGUCCCUGGCCCCGACGGCAAGGGCAAGCUUGACUUCCCGGAGGGUGUCUUUGCUGUGGCCCGCCUCACAGCUGAACAGCUGAGUCUGAAGCAGCAGGACAAGGCAGCUGCUGCCGAGCUGCUGGCGCAGACCACGCACUUCCUGCACGACCCCAAGGUGGCGCUCGAGAGCCUCUACCCGCUGGCUAAAUUCACUGCUGAGCUAGGACUCAGCCCAGAUAAGGCGGCAGAGGUGCUGAGCCAGGGCGCGCACCUGGCUGCAGGACCGGACAGCCGGACCAUCGACCGUUUCUCUCCCACCUAGAGCGCCCCCCCUAGGUGCGCCCGGCGCUGCCUGACAGCCCGGGGACAACAGCUAGCAGCGGCAGCGCCGCAGUGGUGGCCCCACCUUUCUACACCUCACCUGGUCUCACUGUUUUGUGCCUUAGCCCGGGGGGAGUAAGUGGGGGAAAACCCCGGGACGGGGGUGGGAUAGGGGAAGGGAGAUUUAUAUUUUUGAUAUCAGCUUUGACCAAAGGAGAACCCUGCCUCUCCCUGUGGUUCGUUGGCCCCCUCCCCCGGCUCCGUGCUGCUCUUGGGGGUAAGGGUGCCAUUAUUCGGACGCUCCCAGCCCUACCUCCGGCCCUUGCGACCACACCCAUUCUCACUGUGAAUCUCCCUGCUGGGGUCGGAGCAUUGGGCACAGUUGGGGAGAGGGGAGGGGACUGAGCCGGCCGGAGGGCCUCCCCGUCCCCUGCUCCUGCCCAGCCCGGGACUGAUAAUGUGAAGUUCCUCAUUUUGCACAAGUGGCACUAGCCCCAGGGCCAACCCUUCCUUUCCUCACCACCAGGGUGGGCAGCUCUGGCGCCAGGGAUGACAGCCCUGGCCCAUCUGUCUCUGCUUCCGAGGUGUCCCCUCUUCUUCCUGGAGCCCCACCGGACCAUAUUUAUUGCAUGCGCCCUAGGUGGCCCCUAUCCUGAGCCCAACUUUAGCUGGGCUGGAGAGAGGUCUCCUUCCUUGGUUCCCGUUCUGUCCCUUUGUAUAUUCUCUACUCUGUACACAGGCUCUUCCAGAGUCGCUUCCAUUUUCUAUACUCAACCAAACAGCAAUAAAGCAGUAACCAAGGUCCCUAA